GUGAAACUUGUGUUGCUACAGUAGCAAGUAGUGUAACAUUAUUGCACAGUUCGCAACUGUAUCAUUCAAUUCCAGUUAUUGUAUUUGGCUACAAUGUGAUGAGUAAAUGCAAGGACUGAAACUAGCUCGUGCUAACGUUGUGCGCGUGUACAACUACGUCGCGUGUUCGUACUAGUUUGUGGUGAAUUUGGUAUGCAUAUAAUUACUUAUUUGAUUAAGGAAUUAGCGAGUAAUGAUAAUCAUUCACAUUGUCUGAAACUGGUGAGCUGGUUUGGUUUUACAUUUGAGUGUAUUGUUCGAUUCGUUUUGAGGACAGCAUAAACACGAAAACAGGGUAAAAUGCAGUCAUCGGUAUUUUUUGGUCCACAGACAUAAUCAGGGUUGGGGUGUAAUCCGUCACAUGUAAAUGAUUACAAAAACGGGCAGAGAAGGUGGCCAUGGGGGUAGCGCCUCACUCUCUCCUGGCCCUGACUGGCCAGCUGCCCUGGCUGCUGCUCCUGGCUCUGCUCAAUCCCUGGAAUGUCCUCGGAGUUGAAGAACUGAAGCCCACUAGAUGGCCCAUGUUCUCCCAGAAGCCUUUGCUCCUCGCCUGGAAUGCCCCGACAGAGGACUGCCGCCCCCGGCAUGGUGUGCGUUUCCCGCUGGAGCAGUUCCAGAUAGUGGCGUCGCCCAACGAGGGAUUUGUCAGACAGAACCUCACCAUCUUCUAUAAGGACCGGUUAGGGCUGUAUCCGUAUUACGAGCGGGACGGCACCGCGGUGAACGGUGGGCUCCCACAGGCCGCCAGCCUCACGCAGCACUACAAGAAGAUGCCCGAAGGUGUUCACAAGUACAUAAGUGAACCAAACGCCAAAGGCCUUGCCGUCAUCGAUUGGGAGGAGUGGCGUCCGCUGUGGAUCCGCAACUGGGACGUCAAGGACGUAUACCGGAACCAAUCCCGGCAACUGGUGGCCAACAAAAACCUGGAGUGGCCCCUGGAGCGCGUGGGGAAAGUGGCCCAGCAGGAGUUUGAGCUGUCGGCCCGGAAAUUCAUGCUGGAGACCUUGCGGCUGGCCAAGAGCCUGCGGCCCAACCAGCUGUGGGGGUUCUACCUGUUUCCAGACUGCUACAACCAUGACUACCGAAGCGGCCUGGAGAACUACACUGGUCGCUGCCCUGACGUGGAGGUGGCUCGCAAUGACCAGCUGACCUGGCUAUGGACUGAGAGCACGGCCCUGUUCCCAUCUGUCUACAUGAGCACAGUGCUGCGCUCCACCAUGUUUGGACGGCAGUUUGUCCGCAACCGGGUGAAGGAGGGGAUGCGUCUGGCAUCGGCAGGUGACACGCUUGCACGGCCUGUCUUUGUCUAUACCCGGCCUACGUAUGCCAACGAGCUGACUCCGCUGACUGAGACAGACCUGGUGUCCACUAUUGGGGAGAGUGUAGCCCUGGGAGCAUCUGGGGUCAUCAUCUGGGGAGAUCAUACCUACGCCAGCAGCAAUGCCAGCUGCUCCAGUCUGAGUGAGUACCUCCGGGGUCCACUAGGCCGGUACCUAUUCAAUGUCUCCACAGCAGCAGAACUGUGCAGUCAGAAGUUGUGCGGCUUCCAUGGCCGCUGCCUCCGCAAACACUCAGACACUGAUGCUUACCUGCACCUCAGCCCCCACACCCACAGCAUCAGCAGCCAGGGGGGGAGGCUGAAGGUGACUGGGCAACUAGGCCAGGGGGAGCUGGCUGGGUACCGUCAACACUUCCAGUGCCAAUGUUACAGUGGGUACAAGGGCGAGGGCUGUGCCCAGAGAGAGCUGGGGAAGAGUGGUGCUGCCCCUGUCUGGAAAGUCUGGUCUGUACUGACUCUGCUGCUCCCUCUGGGGCUUCUCACUGUGCUCCACUGAGGAUGGGAGGAGCAGGAGCUGACACUGUGCAAUAUGGGGGAAGCCACCACCACCACACCUUGAUCCUGGUUCUAGUCCUGGCCUCUACUGGUGCUCAGGGGGCUUCCUGGUCAGGGAUGGGCACUAGCUGCUCUGUGGGACUGAUCCAUGGAGGAGAAGACAUGGGAGUGCCUGCUUCUCAACAUGAUGGAAGGAAGGAGGGGACUGAAGAUACCCCUCAGUACCCUUCAGGGACAGCAUUUGAAGUGGGCAAAACAGGCCUUCUACUUUGACUUGAUGUUUUUAGGGAGUGGGUGCGCUGCAAGUGUGGCAGAAAUGAAGGUCCAUACUGUAGUGAUCUAUCCCUCCCUUCACCAGAGCUGGAAGACAUCUGGAGCUAACAGCCAGAACUAGAACUAAGAUGUCUGCAAGGUGUAUGAAUGCUAACCAGCUGUAUUAUUGAGUUUGUGUGUGGUUUUAAGUAAACUGUCAUUAGUUAGAAGUGUACCUGGGUUACUAGUUAGACAGUAGUUUGUUAGAAUAUGCCUCUAGCUUUUUACUCAUGUUGAAACUUAUGAGGGAAUUGAAUCUUCAACAUCAGAGAAGCUAACGCAUCACACAAGAAUGCUACUUUUCUACGAAGAGACUCCUACUGUGAAGAUUCUGUCCAAAGAGACUUGUGCUGUGCACACCUCUCGGUAGACGGCUACCCCCUCACCCAGUUCUGUUCUGGUCCAACUGCAGAUACGGCGAGGAAAAUCAACAGCAAUCUUUUUGUAAUGUUCUCUUUUUCUAUGGUCUUAUUUUUUUAUGCCUCUAAUGAUGCUGUGGAAAAUAACUGGAAUAUUUGGAAAAGACUGCUUCAUGUGAAUAUUCAUGACCUUCAGUAAAGCUUAGCAUUGUGGCAAGGAACUCAUUUCAUCUACAUCUACUGUGUCGUACGCUGACUGCUUUUGCAACACUUUAGCACCUCAGUCACAUUAACAAGAAACGACUCAUCUAAGAAUGUGUAAGAAGUGUUUGUAGUCCACAACAUAUUCUUUGACAUUUGUAAACACACCACUCAUCUACACAGAUGACAGUGCGAAGUGCCUGUCCAACGAGUGUGUUUGGCCUAACGUGUCUGUGGUCAUCAUCCUUAUUGUCAUGAUUCUUAUUCUGGGGCAUCUACAUUUUCUCUGUGUUGAUGUUUUCUGAGUGUUUGUGAGGAUUGUAAACCAAAGCUGAAAGCACUUUUGCUCAUUGUGUCUUUACUCUAUUCUGCCUUCUGUUGCCUGAAACCAAAUUCCUAAGAAAAUGGCUUUGUCCUCUCGUAGGCUUCUUCAGGGGGCCUCCAGGGGCCUCAGUGAGGGUCUAUCGUUUUCACUGCUCUUAUUUAUGUCCCAAACAUGCUUCUCAUUUACUCUCCUACAUGUACAUUGGAUGUAAUUGUAAUUAAGUGUAAUUAGUCAUUUCUUUUUAUUACAUUAAACUUGAAAUAUGAGAAGGCUCUCAAUGAAUUUGUAUCUUGGAGCUGUUGUGCUGCCGUUAUUAACAUCAUGGUGGGUCGGAGUUCACAAUCACAUACCACGUGUUGCAAACACAGUGAGCAGUUUGACAUACAUUUUGGAAAAGCAUGUUUUAACCAUUCAUGGUCAGUACAGUGACAAGUUGUAGUUGGAUUUAAUGGCAUCAGAAAAGGCCAUACUUAAUCAGUUGCACAACUGGAUGGAUUCACCCAACCCAAAGUUGGAUUCACCCAAAGUGCAGGGGGCUGCCUUAAUCGACGUCCACGUCAUCGCCUCAGGCGCCCGGGGAGCAGGCUGCAACGUGCCUGGUAAGGUUUUCACGUGAAGGCCUUUGCACCUUGGUAACUUGCUCUCCUGAGUCACCUACCUCUGUGUCUUGCCAACAUUUCACUUUUCCUCUUUUUCCCCUCCGUUUUUGGGAAUCUCUUCCAAGUGUAAGGGGGGUAUUCUCAUGGUGCCAAAAGCAAUAUUAUUGUGCUAGGAGUACAGAGAAAGCCUUGUUUUAUAACUAAAACCAGACUUCAAGCCCCCCCAAUCUUCGAGUUCCGACCCUCCAGGAGGAAGGGUACUGCUGUUCACUCAUUCAACAGCAUCCACAUUUUGUAGCACGUGUAAUACUAUUGAUGCGUGUACAGUUGGACUAUUAAAGGCAAUGUGUGGCCAAGAUGUGAAUUCCAU